AUGACAUCUGAAGAAGUAAAUCGAAAUACAAUGAUAGUCUCCACUGAAGAAAUUGGACAAUCUGUUAUCAGCAAUCCUCAGAAUGCAGGUAACAGCAGGGACACAAAUUCAGCAAAGCCGCAUGAACAGGGAAAUCGACAAAACAAUCUUCAACGAAUACAACAGCGCAAACAGCAGAUGUUUAAUUGGCCGCAAAUAAAAAAAUUGUUGAAGCUUGCGACAUAUAGUGCUUGCCAAACAGCUGAGUGCAAGUGUACCGGCUGGAAAAAUGCACAACCUAUCAUAAAAUCACAAAAGGGUGAUAUUCAGCAACCUGUUACUAAUUUUUUAGAUCCGUGUAAAACUUGCACUCAUCCUAUGGAAAAUCACAUCGCUCAUCUACCAACUCAAUCUGAGGAAGAGCUCAAUAAAUUGUUGGGUAUGGCUAUUGAUGCUGAUAAUAUUUUUAUGGGUAUACAUAGAGAAGAAGAUCCCGAUACUAAAAAGAUAUAUUAUUACUUGUACACUUUAUUGAGAAAAUGUAUUUUGUCUAUGACAAAACCAACUAUAGAAGGCCCAUUGGGACAACCACCAUUUGAGAGACCCAGCAUAGCAAAAGCAGUGAUGAAUUUUGUUUUGUACAAAUUCAGUCAUCUGUCUCCCAGAGAAUGGCAAGCUAUGUGCGACAUGGCGAAAAUGUUUUUGCACUGUCUGAAUCACUGGAACUUUGAAGCACCCAGUGCCAGAAAAACAACGAUUAGUGCAGAAGAAGCGCCAGCUUAUAAAAUUAAUUAUACUCGUUGGCUGGUCUUCUGUCAUGUACCAGCAUUUUGUGAUUCUUUGCAGCAUUACGAUACUCCUGUUGUCUUUGGCAAAACUCUAUUGCAAGCUGUGUUCAAGCCAGUUUGUAGCCAAUUAAUCGAUAAAUGCCAUAGCGAAAGAGACAAAAUAACACCAGAGAAGAGGGUUCUAGUCUUGACGCAUUUUCCUAAGUUUCUCUCAAUGUUAGAAGUAGAGAUUUAUUCAGAUAGUUCGCCUAUCUGGGAUCUCGAGUUCAAGCAACAACCACCUUCUCAUCUACAAGCUGCCUUGGAAUCGAAAGGACACCAAGUGAGAAAAACGGGAGAAUUCGAGAAAGUUACCAUCACGUUGAAUGAAAAAGACAAUUGCACGACAGUAAAUAUCAGCCCUGCAGUAAGAAAGCUUCAUGAAAAGCGUUUCCAUCCCGAGUUGGGACGUUCCGAUGCGAAGUGACGGAAAACCGAAGAGGUUUUCGAGGACCUACCGGAAAAAACUGUCGCCGAGAUCGUUGCGACUAUCAAUGAUCCUAAUUACAUGUGCGGCCCUGAUGCAGUAUUCCCACCUGAUGUUCCACGCGAUGAAACCGCUAAAAUUGAAGAGAGCAGGAAGAUCAUAGAGUUUCACGUUAUUGGGAAUAGUCUCACACAACCCGUAUCUAAGCAAACUAUGCUCUGGCUGAUAGGUUUGCAUAAUGUAUUCAGUCAUCAGUUGGUUAGAAUGCCCAAAGAUUAUAUAUCUCAAUUCGUAUUCGAUCCGAAGCACAAGACGUUGGCUCUGAUAAAAGGUGGUCGACCAAUUGGUGGCAUCUGUUUUCGCAUGUUUCCGACCCAGGGAUUUACGGAAAUUGUUUUUUGCGCGGUCACGAGCCAAGAGCAAGUAAAAGGGUACGGAACUCAUUUGAUGAACAUGCUAAAAGAUUAUCACAUCAAGAACAAUAUUCUACACUUUUUGACAUUUGCGGACGAAUUCGCCAUCGGAUAUUUUAAGAAGCAAGGUUUCAGCAAAGAUAUAAAAUUACUGAAAUCCAUGUAUCAAGGAUAUAUUAAGGAUUAUGAGGGUGCAACGUUAAUGCACUGUGAACUAAAUGCUAAAAUAGUAUACACCGAGUUUACGGCAGUCCUGAGGAAGCAAAAAGAAAUCGUAAAGAAACUAAUUUAUCAACGGCAACAAGAGAUACAAAAGGUUCAUCCUGGCUUGACGUGCUUUAAGGAAGGUGUAAGAGGCAUUCCCGUAGAAUCAAUUCCAGGUAUUCGUGAAACUGGCUGGAAAAGUUACACGCAAACUAGGACGAGAGGAGUGGCGAAAGGUGCGCAACAAAGUUCUGAAUCUAUGGAUACAUGUGUGGACAUGUCGGAUUCUUUGUACAACGCUUUGAACAAUGUUCUAAAUACCGUGAAGAAUCAUAGCGCGGCUUGGCCGUUCUUAGAACCUGUUGAUAAGGACGAAGUUCCAGAUUACUAUGAUCAUAUUAAAUAUCCUAUGGAUCUCAAAACUAUGGAGGAUCGUUUAAAAACCAAAUAUUAUACAAUUAGGAAGUUAUUUAUAGCGGACAUGACGCGAAUCUUUACCAAUUGUAGAUUAUAUAACAGCCUCGAUACUGAAUACUAUCGAUGCGCAAAUGCUCUAGAAAAAUACUUCCAAACUCGUAUGAAAGAGAUUGGUCUGUGGGACAAGUAGAAUUUUUAAGUUUCUUACGAUGAAUGAAGAUAAUAUACAGGAUAUUCGGUAACUCAUGAAGGAGUCGCCAUCACGUGUAUGAUCAUUCACGAAUUUUCUUUGAUCAAUAACUUGGAAUUUUACGUGUUGUUUGCAAAAUGGUAGAGGAAUUUUUUAUUAAGUUUGACCUAAUCUACCUGUUCACUACUGCUUCUCUGUGAGUUACCGGAGAUACACAUCCUGCAUACUUUUCAAUAAUCAAUACCAACUAUGCGAAUAAUGUUUUCUAAUUUAUUACCUAUAAAACUAGUUAUUUUAUAAAAAAAAUUGUUUUUAUAAAAACAAAAUAGACAAAAGAAAAAGAGUAGUGAAAAAAGAAUGCAGCUUUUUUUGGUGUAUUGUAUAUACGAAAGUGGAAUAAAAAGUACAUUUGUGAGAAAGCUCAAUUUUUAAUUAGAUCAGAUGAGAGAAAUGUUUACUUUUUUUUUUUC